UAUGUAAAAACCACGUAACAAUAGAAAAAUUGUUACUACGACCUAAGGUCUAAAAUAUAUUUCGAUAAGCAAUUGAAAUGAUGCUAUUUCUGUGAUAUUAUUUGUAUAUGUAUAAAUAUAGGCAAAUUAUUUUAUACUGGACUGGAUUUAGAACAAAGUUAUUUAAAAUUGACUGUACUUCAUAAAUAUGUGAUAUAGAUAUAUAACACAUUUUAACCGAUAACUUUAUGCAGAAAGUUAUUGCAAAUAAAACUAUAUACACUCCAUAUGAAACAAAAUCAAUUUCAAUUUUAGCCAUAAAAUCUGUAAUAAAUAUAUGUAAUUUCAAUCUUUUAUCACAUUUUUUAUAUUUAUACAGUGUGAGACUGCGUGUUAUAUUAUUUUGAAUACAAAUAUAAUGCUCUAUGCAAUAUUAUUAUUUUUGAUAUAUUUCGACGUAUCAGAGAGCAAUAAAUUAUGGCCGAAGGGAGUUGUCCAUUACACCAUCAACCCAAAGGAUUAUGACCUCCACUCUCAAGACGAGAUAGUAUCAACAUUCUCAGUGCUAGAGAAGGAGAUUUGCGUCAAAUUCUUCGCUACCCCCCUGAACUACUCCUCCAGUGAGACGCAGAAGGUUCUGUACAUCAGCAACCCGGAAAAACUGAAGAACUGCCCACCGUUGCAGUUCAACUAUAACGGCAGUGUUGUGGACAUGCCGAUUGGCUAUAAAUGUAUAAACAAGAAUGAUAUCGCGAGAAUCACCCUCGAAAUGUUAAAAGCCAGCAUCGACGAGUCGUCACCUCCUAUAAACAGUUACGAUUUGGUUAAAAGGUUUGAGGAACAGGAACUAGCUAAACCUCGCCCAACAAUUCUGACCACCGACGACCGGGACUUUAUAAACGUUCACUACCACGACGAGUGCUCAUCGCUGGCGCAGCGCGCGAGCGUGUUCCCAUCGCGGCGUAGCGAAGGCGUCUCCCUCGCCGAUGAAAACGUGUCGUGGUACACCGCGCGCGCCUGGCCGCAUGCUGUCAUUAUGUUUCUGUGCAGGACUCGUUACGUGACUCUGCAGACCACAAACUCCUAAAAUUCGCCAUGACGCAAAUCGAGCUGGUGUCCUGUGUGGUCUUCCACGAAGUGGGCCCCGACGAUAAGUUCUCCCCCUCCAACCAGCUGAUAUUUAAAGAGGAGGGGGAGGAUGAACCAGAGCUAGGGUUCAAACGGGGA